GUCAUGUUGAAGUCGAGGACUUCUGCGGUCUUGAGUCGAGUCUGCACGAGAACAUGAAGAAAUGUCAAAAGAACCCAGACCACAAGGAUUUUAUCCCUGUCACUGAGUUCAACAUCGGUUGUCUGCCGGACCGUUACCAGGACAACGACCUGGCUGAUCUCAUCCGUGCCCUAGCAGCUCUAACAGUUCGAAUUAAAGUCAACAAACUCAGCCCAGAGAGGCCCAAAGUCCGAUAUCCGCCCAUCCCCAGAUACGAUAAACGCGGGCGGGAGAAGUCCAUCACUGGAUCAGGUUGGGUGGCUAGAGUAGACACAUACUCGAACGGCAAGCUGUGUUCGUGUCGAGAAUGCAAGAAUUCUCCUACAGCCUGCAAACAGUGGGGUCGGGUUGAAAUAUUUACGGUUACCCAUGUAGUCUAUGACGAAUUCGAAGCCCAACACACAAUCUGUCACCUUAACUACGACUGUGACAGCGCAGAUCUGGGACAGUUGCCAGCUCUCAGUGAAGUAGGGGCGAUUCAAAGCGAUUUCCAUGAGGAUUUAACCCACUUGCUUUGUUUCACUCACGACAUGGAGCUACUUGACAAGCUGCAGAAUUCCUUGGAUAUAUAUAGAAAACUUCAGCCUCUUGUGAUGGAUAAAUACUCGGAUGACUCUGAAAGCGAGGAGGACCUGACUGUGGUGGUGUCUCACCCACAUGGAUGCAGCAAGCAUGUCACCGUUGGAGAACUCAGGGAGUAUCACUUCAAGGACGACGAGGGGGAUCUGGGACAGUACAAGUACACGACACCCACCUGUCAGGGAUCCAGCGGGGGUCCAGUGUUUAUACUGGGUCGAGGGGUGUGGUAUGACGAACAUCCUCACAGUGGCACUAAGGCAGGACUCAACCAUGGGGCUGUCUUCUAUACCUAA